UAUGCAUGAAUAAGAUAAAUUCUAAGCACGGACUUUUUACUAAGCUAUCCCGACACCCCGGCAUAUAUCAAGCUUGAUAGAAAGAAGCUCAGGGCAUCAACAUCGAGGUUUAGUUUACAGCUUGAAUCUUCAAGUGCCGUACGUACGUACGUACGUGUUCUGUCACAUUACCUUAAAAAGGUAUCACAUAAAAUGACUACGUUAGAACCCCGUGGACCAUAUUCACAAGAGGAGCUUAAAAGGCUGUAUCCAGAAGAUCUCCAGUUGCAACUUGUUCAGGUUCUCCUUCGACAUGGAGAGCGAAGCCCAGUUUCUGCGAGAUUUCAAAAUGCUGGAUUGAAGCCCUACUGGCCGUAUUGCUCGGCAGCCCGGCGAAUGGUGGGUGCUACAAUGAAAGCUAAUUCCUCAGACUGGACUCCCCUUCAAUGGAGACGUCGCUUAGAAACAUUUGAUAGUGAUGAUGGCCCUACUAUUGCACGAGGGCCUCGAGGAGAGGUCGAUGAUGUUUGCAAUCUAGGUGAAUUGACAGAUAAGGGGAGAGAAACAACUUCACAGUUGGGAACACGACUUCGAAGACUUUACAUUGACCAAUUGCAAUUUCUACCCCCAAUGAUUCAUAAUACCGAUUUUAUAUACCUUCGCGCGACGCCGAUUCCAAGAGCUCUGGAAUCACUGCAAGAGGCCUUCUUGGGCAUGUAUCCACCUAACUCACGCGCUGCAUCUUGCCCCCCGCCAACUAUCAUCACACGCGCGCCUUCUGGUAUGUUCUGCAAGUCUUCAAUAUCGAAGCUCGCUGCUAACCACUUAGCUUCUAGAUGAGACUUUGUUUCCAAACGGUCGUGGCUGCAGAAGGUUUGCGCAACUGUCGAGAGCUUUCGCGCAACGAACUGCCGAUCAAUGGAACCAGACAGAUGAAAUGGAAUAUCUAAAUAAACUUAUCAGCAAGUGGAUGCCCGAUUCAAGUAAACGAGUAGCUGUCGAUUCUCAUCCCAGACUUUCUGGUAUCAUGGAUACUAUAAAUUCCACCCUAGCUCAUGGUCCCGAAACCAGAUUACCAAAAGAGUUCUAUGAUAAAAAAGGUCGGGCCAUUAUAGAAAGAAUAGGGGUGGAGGAAUGGUUCAACGGAUAUAAAGAGUCAGAAGAGUAUCGAUCACUGGGCAUCGGAGGGCUAAUGGGAGAUCUGGUGUCGAGAAUGGUUGGUAGUGUUGAGCACAACGGGCAAGAUGGACUGCUGGAAACUGGUGGUGAGGAUGGUUUGACUGGCAUUGGUAGAGGAGGUGAAAAGGCUAUAAAGCUUGGCUUGAGUGGUUGUCAUGUUACCACUCUCGCCGCCGUUCUUUCUAGUCUAGGGGCGUUCGAAGGCGAGCCUUGGCCACCGUAUACGUCUCACAUUGCUUUAGAGAUGUUCCGCAAAAAACAAUCGUCGUUUGAGGAACCCAAAUAUGAUCCGCCCAAAGCUCGCAGUACCGAAAAAGGACUGCUUUCGAUAUUCGGAUUAAGUAAACAAGCUGAAGCAGGUCCGAUUGGUAUUGCACGGAGGAAGCUUCAUGAUCUUUCGGAAACGGAGAAGUCUAAGCUAGAUGGUUAUUAUGUUAGGAUUCGGUACAAUGAUAAGGUUAUGAAAGUUCCUGGUUGUAGGCCACAAGGCAAGCAUUUUGAGGGCGACGACUCGUUUUGCACAUUGGUAUUUUUCCACCCUCAAAACAGCCUGUAGGGCAUUGACUGAUCAUUUCUAGGCGGAGUUCAAAAACAUAGUGGACAAGUAUACUCCUGCUCACUGGAAGAAGGAUUGCUUGAACAACAUAGAUGCACCACCCUUUCCAAAAGUUAAAGAGCCCGCAGGAUAUUAGGUGUGAGAUUUGACAAUAUCACAUAUUUUUCCUUAGUAGAGAUCACGCUAUGGACGAAAUAAAUCCAACACCAGAAUCACCUAAGCCCUACACACCACACUAAGGUCUAUAAUACCUAGUCCUUGUACUCCUCGUCCGUUUCGUGACGCAGAUUUGACAAUCAAAUACUUUUUCAGGAUCAAUGCUUAUCUAGGAUUUUACUUCGGUGCGCAAUUUCAUUCGCCGGAUGCGGAAAAAUCUGUAGAUAUACGCAUACUGCAUUUACUGGUUUUGCAUGGCUUGAUCUGUAUAGACUGCUUUAUGUAAUUCAAAAGAGACUGUUGUAUUAUUUCUGGUACCU